UCGUUUUCGACAAUUUUCUCCUUUUUUCCGUUUUUGUUCUUUCAACAAGAAAAGCUUCCACAAAACAAUUUAGAAUAAGAAGUAAGAACGGCAACACCAACACUAACACGCGUUACGUGAACAGCUCUCUCUGUUUCUGUCUCUUUUCCAUGUCGGUCUUAUAAUCAUCCAUGAGGAGGAGGAGGAAGAACGAUGACGAAGAAGGCUCCACCGGUACCCCCGCGCCACGUCAUCUGGUUGGGAUGGAAGCUCGUCAUCAUCCUUUCUGUUUCCCUCUGUGUCUUCGCUCUUCUUAGGCUUCAUUUCCAAUCUGAUCACUAUUCCUCUCCUUCUUCUUCUUCUUCUUCUUCUUCUUCUUCUUCUUUUUAUCGUCCGAGAUCUCGACUUUCUCGCGCUAACUUGGAGUUCCAUGGACCUCCUAAGCUUGCUUUCCUUUUUCUCGUCCGCCAAGACCUUCCUCUAGAUUUUCUCUGGGGCAGCUUCUUCGAGAAUGCUGAUGUGGCCAGUUUUUCGAUUUUUAUUCACUCCUCGCCGGGUUUUGAGUUCGACGAGUCAACUACUCGGUCUCAUUUCUUUUACGGUCGCCAAUUGAAGAAUAGUAUACAGGUAGCAUGGGGAGAGUCGAGUAUGAUUGAAGCAGAGAGGCUGUUACUUUCAGCUGCCUUAGAGGAUCCUGCUAAUCAGAGAUUUGUUCUCCUCUCUGACAGCUGUGUUCCCCUGUACAAUUUUAGCUACAUAUACAGCUAUGUGAUGGCUUCUCCUAGGAGUUUUGUGGACAGCUUUCUUGAUACUAAAGAAGAUCGCUACAACCAGAAAAUGUCGCCCAUCAUACAAAAGCAUAAAUGGCGAAAAGGAUCCCAGGUUACAUGCUCUGCUUCCAUUUACAUCAUAUUUAGAGCGUCACUGAAUAAGUUGCACAAGAAGUUGAAGCAGGAUGAGUGGAUCACCUUGAUCCGAAGCCACGCAGAAGUGAUUGUAGAUGAUGAGGUUAUCUUUCCCGAGUUUCAGAAAUAUUGCAAGAGGCGACUACCUCUAGAUGCCAGUAAAGGGAAGCUCAAUGCUAAACUUCAAAAGCAGAAUAACUGCAUACCUGAUGAACACUACGUGCAGACAUUGCUUUCGAUGGCUGAGCUGGAAGGUGAACUUGAAAGAAGAACUUUGACCUAUACUGUGUGGAAUUUGUCUGUGACAAGAAUGGAAAGUAAAGGUUGGCAUCCUAUGACAUUCACUUAUGGAAAUGCAGGCCCUCAAAAGAUUAGGGAAAUAAAGGCCAUCAAUCAUGUAUACUAUGAGACCGAGUACAGGACAGAGUGGUGCCAUACUAACUCGACAUCUGUUCCCUGUUUUCUAUUUGCAAGGAAGUUCUCCCGGGGAGCUGCCAUGCGGCUUUUGAGUGAGGGGGUGGUUAGUCCCUUCGAUGCCUCAGCAUUAUUAGCUACGAAUUCUUAACUGUCAACUAACUCGCUCCAAAAUAUAGAGAGAGGGCUGCUAGUGAAUUGCCCAGAGUCAUUACACGAUUGUAUACAAAGAAGAGUAGAGUAGAUAUGGAUACGUAAUUAUAAAACUGAGAGAGUUGGAACAUCAGCAAGUCUUCCUCGUCAUUAUUGCAUCCAGUGAGAGUUUUUCUGAAGCAGCUGUCUGUAGUUUUUUGGUUUAUAUAGUCCGAUCGUCAUAUCAUCUUGUAUGCUGGGAAAAUCUCUCUACAUUGAGAUAUUGGGAAAAUACCCCUGUUCAGUGACUACUAGUGAAGAAAUUUCUUCUUCCAGGUUUAUCAAUUUUGUAAUGUUGAUGUUGCUAAUGAAUGGUUGCAGUGAGUUUGUUUAUUAUUUUUAAA